CAUCUUCCUUGCCUCUUGCGUUUCCGCUUCCCAACGUUGAUCGAACUUGCACAACUGCACGAGCCGGCCUGGUUGGCUGGUCCUUCCUCCAUUGCUGCCUCUUGUGCGUCCCGACGGUGUCCUCGCAUGGGGAUGGGGAUGAAACUGCUAGCGCGAGUGAGUCCUGGAACUUGGUGAGAGAGAAACAGAGGAUUUCUUGCAAUCUUUCUGUAUGCAUGUCGCACUCUUGCUAGAUCUUGUGACUCUGGUCGUCGUCGUCUCCGUGUAAUUAAUUACCUUCUUCUUGCACACUAACCGCGGUGGUCAGUAAUCCAGUAGUGGUAAUUCUCGCCGUGGAGAAGAGAACCGGCCGGGAUCGAUGGCAGCCAGGUUGCUUUUGCCGCGCCGGAAGGCAACAAGGCGGGACGACGAACGGAUCAUCGAGCAGGAUAUUUUUGCUGGGAGGAGUGGCUCGCAUUGAAGGUGCCCAUCUGCCAUGGCUGGCGCGGUCCCUGCUUCAACCACUCCUUAGCCCUUAUCUGCCUUUGCCCGGCUUGCUCCAUUAUAUAAUGCGUCCACACCGGGAAGAAGAAGAAGGCAGGAUCCUGCUCGCCUCCUCCCUCUCCUCUUCUUCCCAUCCACUCUCGCUUUCUGGUAAGAGAAGGGCCGUUUCUUGCUCAAUCCAUCAGUAGCAGAAUUGUAGCAAUACCAAUCCAGCACUGCACAGCUAGUACUCCUAGCUGCACGAACACGCGUGCAUGCACUGCACUGCACCGGUGUGUGUCCUCUUGUUCCUGCCAUGUAGCGCGUGUCUGGACUCUGCUCUGGAGUUGAGAAGUCUCGGAAGGGGCCGGCCGUUCACGCGUGUUGGGCCUUUUGGAAGGGGAAAAAUGGUGGCUCGGCUGCCUUUUGUGGCUGAGAGAGAGAGAGAGAUAGAUUCCAAUCGGUUGCAACAAACGCAUUGAAUUUCUUCACCUUCUCCCUCCUGAAACGCACUUGUAGUUGUACUUGGUGCUUCAUAUAAGCCGGCCCGGCACUUGUUCUUGCAAGGGUCCGGAAACCAUUUGCAGCAUAGCAGCUGCAAGGCUCCGUCCGUCUCCUCUGCUCCUGGUGAUUCAUUGGUUGGCUGCUUCGCUUAGCAAUUCUCUGUUUCCAUAGUUUUGAUGGCUUGUAGUAGUGCGGUGGUUUUCUUGUGUUCUUGGGUCCUUAGGUACUAAUGUGCUCAUACUUUUGUUGCUGAAAGUUGCUGUUAUGUUCUUAUUUUUACCCUGCACGAAUUCCCACUCUCAGUUGUUACUGUGGUAUUACAAACUUACAGCAAAUUGCAAGAAAAAACAUCCAGUCUGUUAAAAGUUAAACCAAUGUUAGCACCAAGAUCUUUCACAACGACAUCAAUAAAAAAGACACCUUGGUCUGACAGCGUACUUGUUAAAUAAUGUUAAUUGCUCGCAAGACAUUGCAAGUAGCACACACAUGGCACGUCCAAGAAGUCAAGUCGGCCGUCGUCCCAUAAGCGCACGCCAUGGUUUCUUGCAUCCCCGCAUCACCGGUCCUUGCCGCCGUUGACCCGCCAUGGCCUGCGAGCUCGCCGGCCGCAUCAGGUCCGGCGUCCUCGAGCCCCUGGAGGACCGCUUCACGGAGAUUCUGAUAUGGUCGCUGCAAUGCUACGACGCGCAGGUCCGGAGGCGCCUCGUCCCGCUCCUUCGCCGCCACAGGAUGGCGCUGCUCACGGCGCCGGCGGUGGCCGCGCUGCUUCUUCUCUUCUGGGCCGCCGCGUACGGUGAGGCCGGAGACUACGUGCUGUACAAGGACGCCAGCAAGCCCGUGGAGGAACGCGUCGCCGACCUCCUCGGCAGGAUGACGCUGGCCGAGAAGAUCGGGCAGAUGACGCAGAUCGAGCGGCUGGUCGCGUCGCCGCAGGUGCUUAAGGACAACUUCAUCGGGAGCCUGCUGAGCGGCGGCGGGAGCGUGCCGCAGAAGCAGGCGACGGCGGCGGACUGGAUUAACAUGAUCAGCGACUUCCAGAAGGGCUGCCUGUCCACGCGACUCGGCAUCCCGAUGAUCUACGGCAUCGACGCCGUGCACGGACACAACAACGUCUACGGCGCUACCAUCUUCCCCCACAACGUCGCGCUCGGAGCCACCAGGGAUCCAGAUCUGGUGAAGAGGAUCGGUGCGGCGACCGCGCUCGAAGUGAGAGCCACCGGCAUCCAGUACGCGUUCGCGCCGUGCAUUGCGGUGUGCCGUGAUCCGAGGUGGGGGCGGUGCUACGAGAGCUACAGCGAGGACCACCGGAUCGUACAAAGCAUGACGGAGCUCAUCACGGGUCUGCAGGGCGACGUGCCUCCGAACUUCACCAGCGGCAUGCCCUACGUCGCCGGAAAGAACAAGGUGGCGGCGUGCGCCAAGCACUUCGUCGGCGAUGGCGGCACGCAGAACGGCAUCAACGAGAACAACACCAUCAUCGACAGGCAUGGCCUGAUGAGCAUCCAUAUGCCGGCCUACCUGGACGCGCUCCGUAAGGGCGUCUCCACCGUCAUGAUCUCCUACUCCAGCUGGAACGGGAUCAAGAUGCACGCCAACCACAACCUCAUCACCCGCUACCUCAAGGGCAGGCUCAAUUUCAAGGGCUUCACGAUCUCCGAUUGGGAAGGCAUCGACAGGAUCACCAGCCCAGCAGGGGCAAACUACUCCUACUCUGUCCAGGCUUCAAUUCUUGCUGGCAUUGACAUGAUCAUGGUGCCUAACAACUACCAAAACUUCAUCAGCAUCCUGACUGGCCACGUCAACAGCGGCCUGAUCCCAAUGAGCAGAAUCGACGACGCCGUGACGAGGAUUCUGCGCGUCAAGUUCACCAUGGGCUUGUUUGAGAACCCCAUGCCCGAUGCAACCUUGGCCGACCAGCUGGGGAAGAAGGAGCAUAGGGACUUGGCCAGGGAGGCAGUGAGGAAGUCGCUCGUGCUCCUCAAGAACGGCAAGUCUGGUGACACGCCGCUGCUGCCGCUGUCAAAGAAGGCGCCCAAGAUCCUCGUCGCCGGCAGCCACGCCGACAACCUAGGCUACCAGUGCGGCGGGUGGACGAUCGAGUGGCAGGGCGACACGGGCCGCAUCACUGUCGGCACCACCAUCCUGGACGCCGUGAAGGCGGCCGUGGACCCGUCGACGACGGUGGUGUUCGCGGAGAACCCCGACGCGGACUUUGUCAAGAACGGCGGCUUCUCCUACGCCAUCGUGGUCGUGGGCGAGCACCCGUACACGGAGACCAAAGGCGACAGCGCGAACCUGACCAUCCCGGACCCGGGGCCGAGCACUAUCCAGACCGUGUGCGGCGCGGUGAAGUGCGCGACGGUGCUCAUCAGCGGCCGCCCCGUGGUGGUGCAGCCGUUCCUGGGCGCCACGGACGCGCUCAUCGCCGCGUGGCUGCCGGGAACCGAGGGGCAGGGCGUGACGGACGUGCUGUUCGGCGACUACGGGUUCACCGGGAAGCUGCCGCGGACGUGGUUCAAGUCUGUGGACCAGUUGCCGAUGAACUACGGCGACGCGCACUACGACCCGUUGUUCCCGCUCGGCUACGGGCUCACCACACAGGGGAAGGCGUAGGCGGCAAUCUGCUUCGGCAGGAUGGUGGUAGAGAUAGGAAAUUGAAUUAAACAGUGCACAGGCACGGGGACAUGAACCGGGAGUUCUUGGUUCCUUGGCCGUUCAUAUCGAUUUAUUUUGAUGGUGGAGUAGCAUCCACUUGAUGGGCGGUCUCAAUUCUUAUAUGAUAUCUUGCUUGCUCAA